CGAGAUUGUGGAUCUGUCGCGCUAACCUAACAUCAUGUGUCAAUGACGGAGUCUUUUGUGAUCUUGAUUGGUUGGCACAUACGUAAAGGGUUCAUUAGGGAUGGCAGGAGGAGGGGUAGGGGCCGUUGACCUAAAUAGGAAGUUUGUGACUGAGACAGAGCUUGAUGAAAAGAGGAAGAAGCGACAAGAAGAAUGGGAGAAAGUCCGGAAACCAGAUGAUCCAGAGGAGGCUCCAGAAGAGGAGUAUGACCCUCGAUCUCUCUAUGAGCGACUGCAGGAACAGAAGGAUAAAAAGCAGGAGGAGUAUGAGGAGCAGUUCAAAUUCAAGAACAUGGUAAAAGGAUUGGAUGAAGAUGAGACUCACUUCCUGGACGAGGUCUCCCGGCAACAGAGCCUUGUGGAGAAGCAGCGCAGGGAUGAGGAGCAGCAGGAACUGUUGGAAUACAGAAGCGCUCUAGUGAAGCGAGCAACCAGCGAGAGCAGGCGAGAACCUGAAAAGAAGGCCGGGCCCAAACCCUUAGGGGCGGAACAAAGGACCAGCCACCUGUCUCAGGCUCAUCUACUAGCAGGAGCUGUUAAGAGACGCAGCUCAUCACAGUCAUCAGACAGCAGUAAAAAACAGAAGGUAGACAUAUCAGCGACCUCAACAACAGAAAACAGAGAUGGACACAAAGUGCAGGAGGGAGGAGGGGAUGGAGAAGGAGCCGCAGGAGGAGUUGAGGAACAGCAGGCGUGUCACAGCCUGACUGCAAAGGGCACCCCGGCCUCGGUGAACUCUGGCCAGGGUGUGUUACACCUCCCGUCCGCGGCUGUGUGCGUCGGUGUCUUGCCAGGGCUCGGGGCUUACUCCGGCAGCAGCGACUCUGAAAGCAGCUCGGACAGCGAAGGUAGCGUGGACGCAAUCAUCUCGCCGUACCCCCGGCACGGCAGGGCCUACAGAUAGACACAUUCAGAUACAGUAUCAAGACACACACACACACACACACACACACACACACACACACACACACACACGCACGCACACACUUGAAGGCAUGCUGUCAUCAUGGAAGAGUCAAAAUGAUCACAACUAGUACAGGCACAGAAUUUGAAGGCGGAGUGUGAGGUCUGCUUUGGACUCUUAACAUUGAAAGCCCUGCAUCCACUUGUCUCUAUACAAGGAGACAAGAGCCUACAGAGACAUACAUGUAAACCAUAUAAAUACACACACACACACACUUAUUCAGAUAGAUCCUGAACGAAGCAUGUUAACCAUAAUCUAUUUUGAAAAAGAAAAACAACUACGCUGAUGCUCUGGCAGACACACAUGCACCAAACAGCGACAUGCCCACAUCUGCGUAACGCAUUCCUGAUGUUUUCACAGCUGUUGUGGGUUUUACUGUUUUCCCUUGUCUCUAGUCGAAGGUCAGCCAAGAAAUAUAUAUGUGAUUUAAGAAAAUAAAAACCUUAACAUCUGAACCAGUAUGACUUCUAUUCUUUGAUAUCCAGCUGAUCCC